AUGGAAGAUUUUGAGUAUUUCAUCCGAAGAGGCUCAGGAACAUCCCAUCAAGAUUAUGAUUUGAUCGAAGGCGUACAUCCGUUUCGUUGCUGUAUCACCUUCUCAAUUCUCACUUUUGCCUUUUCCGAAUUGUUCAGAAAGAUAUUCAAAGAAAUGAGUUGGAAUGUUGACACGCUGAUGCUAUACGAAUUCCUCAACUCGGUGACGUUUUUCAUGCUUUAUCACUCCGAAGCCGCCAUGUUCCAACAUUAUGGUUACUCCGCAAUUAUUUUUCUGUCGGCGAUUCACUUUGCGGUCAGCUUCUAUCUGAAUCGUAGAGCUGCUGCGUACACCGAUGAUCUCUAUGACCAGGAAAAGCCAGACUGGGUUACACCACCAAACACCGGAGAAGAUGGAAAGAUGCUGCGAACCAUUGGAGCGUUUCUCUCGUACAUUCCCUCUUGUUUCCUUUGGCAUCUCAUUCAACAAUAUAACGCAAUGUAUGUCACGGAACAUGUUGGAAUGUACCAGUUCACCGAUUCGCUUGUUACCAUCAUUGGAUUCGAGUUCUUCUUCAUUGCCAGUCUUCGACAAAUCGCUGAAAAAUCUCGUGUCUGGCAUCCGAUCAUCACUUGCAUGGAAAUGUUCACCGGCAACGGACAAAGCUUCGGCGGUUUCCUCUUUCAUUGUGUUAUCCUUUACGCGGGCUGGUUGAUUGCUUCUCAAUUCGCGCCGAAACGGAAGAUUGUGUCACCAUCACUUUUGAAGCUCAGAAGAAAGCGUAAGGCAGCUGUGGAGGCAGAGAAAAGGAACGGUACAGAUGCACGACUGGUUGAGAAGGCUGCUUUGGACCGAGAAAGGGAGAUGAGACAUACAGUGGAACAAGAAUUCUUGGAUGAAACACUCGGAAAUGCGGAAACUUUCUCACUAACAGUUUCAAUUUUUUAUCUGUCUCCUGAGACCGUCGAAGCCUCUCCAUUCGCUUAUCCGUUCGCUAACAGUUUCAAUUUUCGCGACUCUCGGAACAUGUCGAAGGAACCUGGGCAGAAGAUGCGAAACAUGCUCCCAUGUAAUAAGUCGGACAUUGAGGGAAUUGAUUAUUGUACAGAUGCAAAAUGUUUUUUAGGCAAACUAAUCGGGGAAGUGGAGAUCAAUACGCGUGGUUUGAAGAAGUACUCAGACGUUUUUGAAAUCACCAAAAAAAUCUUCAACCCCCGCGUAGUAAACAAAACUCAGAUUGCAGUUCUUAUCAAUUCGAACACGAUCACAAUCUUUGACACAAUACAGGGACACCGGCUGUACAACUUCGAAGUCUCCGGAGUUAAAUUCUCCUCGAAAAAUCCAUCCGAUAAAUAUCAUUUUGGGCUAGUAUACAAAGAGUCUAGACGGAAAUUCAAAUACUAUGGAAUACGCAUUCCGAAUGGCUCGGGAAUUGCGUCAGCUAUUGGGGAGAUUUGCGAUUUGGCCAGAUGCAAACGAGAAGGUGUGGAUCAAGUGAAGCAAGAGCAGGAGUAUGACAGAGAAGCCAGACAUAGCACCAUGAAAGCAGACGAAGAAGAUCUCAUUGAUUUCUAUUCCGAUUUGCCAGAAAGUGAUGAUAUUUGCGAGCAAGGGUCUUCGAGUGAACAAAAUGUGGCAUACAAUUCUGAAGCCGUAUUCGCUGAUCCAUUCGCUAACAGUUUCAAUUUUCGCGACUCUCGGAACAUGUCGAAGGAACCUGGGCAGAAGAUGCGAAACAUGCUCCCAUGUAAUAAGUCGGACAUUGAGGGAAUUGAUUAUUGUACAGAUGCAAAAUGUUUUUUAGGCAAACUAAUCGGGGAAGUGGAGAUCAAUACGCGUGGUUUGAAGAAGUACUCAGACGUUUUUGAAAUCACCAAAAAAAUCUUCAACCCCCGCGUAGUAAACAAAACUCAGAUUGCAGUUCUUAUCAAUUCGAACACGAUCACAAUCUUUGACACAAUACAGGGACACCGGCUGUACAACUUCGAAGUCUCCGGAGUUAAAUUCUCCUCGAAAAAUCCAUCCGAUAAAUAUCAUUUUGGGCUAGUAUACAAAGAGUCAAGACGGAAAUUCAAAUACUAUGGAAUACGCAUUCCGAAUGGCUCGGGAAUUGCGUCAGCUAUUGGGGAGAUUUGCGAUUUGGCCAGAUGCAAACGAGAAGGUGUGGAUCAAGUGAAGCAAGAGCAGGAGUAUAACAGAGAAGCCAGACAUAGCACCAUGAAAGCAGACGAAGAAGAUCUCAUUGAUUUCUAUUCCGAUUUGCCAGAAAGUGAUGAUAUUUGCGAGCAAGGGUCUUCGAGUGAACAAAAUGUGGCAUACAAUUCUGAAGCCGUAUUCGCUGAUCCAUUCGCUGGCGGAGUCCAACGAGAAACAAACGAUAAAAAAAUUGAACAUAGUGCUUCACUGGAGGACAAGAAGGGACACACUUUCAAGAACGAGAAGCAGUGGUAG